UGCUGCUGCUGCCACUGCGCCAUGCAAUUAUGCGAAGCUAAGCUCUUCUCGGACAUCAUCACUCCACGAAAUGACGACGCCCACUGCCAUUGAGUUUUGUCAUCUGCCGUAACGUGCAUGGCAUCACGCUUUUGCCUCUCGGAUACUGGUACGACCAUCUCCAUCUCCUCUCGAUCUCUUAUGCUCUCGGACACUGAUACGUCCAUCUCAGCCCUACCAUCUCCUCUCAAGCUCCUAUGGCAGAGACCAACCUCUGUUACACCCCACCCUCAUCCCUCGGUGGCGUCACGGUCUUACUACUCCACUUGGAGGUCCAUCAACAAGACUAUUAAAAUUUGGAGGUGGAAAGAAUGGAGGCUGCACUUCACCUUUUCCUCCCAUCAUAAUUGUUCCUUGGUGUUGCAGUAAGCACGCAUCUCGAUAGGAAUGUUGGGCUGUCCACUGUCCAAAUAAUAAGAUCCUUAGCAUCCCCCAUCAACGUUUACCUCUCAACACCAUCGCCACGGAAGAGACAGAGAGAGAGAGAGUGAUAAAAGACCGCAUUUUUAUCCACCUGGUUGCUCUGCGUUCGCUGGCCGCUGUCUAAUGGCGACGCGACCGCCUCGGGUGGCGGAGCUCCUACUGUUACUACCAUCAUUGCUCCUCCUCCUCCUCUUGCCGCAGCAGGUAGUCUCCGAUCCGGACGAUGAGACCUGCCUCUCCAACCUCCGCAGCUCCCUGACGGACCCAAACGGCGGCCUCCGGAACUGGACGGCGGACACCUUCGCCGCCCCCUGCAACGGCUUCACCUCCUACCUUGAGGGUGUCACCUGCAACAACGGCCGCGUGUACAAGCUCUCCCUGCAGGGCCUCUCCCUCGGCGGCGCCCUCUCCACCUCCCUCGCCAACUGCACCAACCUCCAGUCGCUCGACCUCUCCUCCAACGCCCUCUCCGGCGCCAUCCCCCCGGAGCUCGCCUCCCUCCUCAACCUCGCCGUCCUCAACCUCUCCUCCAACCGCCUCUCCGGCCGUAUCCCCCCCGAGCUCGCCCUCUGCUCCUACCUCAACGUGCUCGACCUCCACGCUAACCUCCUCACGGGGCUCAUCCCCGACCAGCUUGGUCUCCUCGUCCGGCUCUCCACCUUCGACGUCUCCGACAACCGUCUCGAGGGGCCCAUCCCGGCGCUGCUAGCCAACCGGACGGCGGUGGGAGGCGCCGGGGCCGCGGCUCUACCCAGGUUCAACGCCAGCUCGUUCGUCGGGAACAAGGACUUGUACGGGUACCCGCUGCCGCCAAAGCGGGGCGGCGGCCUGUCGGUUCUUGCCAUUGUCGGGAUCGGCGUCGGCAGCGGGCUUCUCAGCUUGGUGCUCAGCUUCACUGCCGUUUGUGUUUGGCUUCGGGUCACGGAGAAGGCCGCGCCGAUGCCCGGCGAGGAGGGAAAGAUAUCGCACCUCAUGCCCGACUACUGACCGCUUCCCCUUUCAGCUCCGCAUUAUUUGUCCAUUGGCCUCUGCUUUUGUUUUUUGUUUUUGCUUUUUUUUCUGAGAGUAAAUACUGACUGCUCCUUUUUCAUUCUCCCUCUUCUGAUUCACAAUUUGUGUUGAUCGAGAAACGAAUUAGGAUGUAAAGCGAGUCACUGCUUCCUUGCGGGAUUUGGUGUGGUUCAUUCACAUCAUAAAUAGUCGCUUUUUUAUGACAGGAUUAAAUAUGGAUUAGGAGCUGAAAUCCUGCAAUCUUUAAUCUUUUGUCCUCUGCUGUUUCGUCUCGAGCACAUCAGUCGCCGUCGAUAAACUGCAUGUUCCCC